CGCCCCACCCCAAAACAGGCCAGUCAGUGGUCGGCACUUGCUUGGGCUCCAAAAUAAUCUUUCAAAGCAGGGUCCCAGCGGAGUGUCUUGCCCGCUGGGAUCUCCACUGUUUUGCAGUGGGCUUGAUCUGCCCCUGAAAUCCCGCCCCCACCUCCGGACCCGUGAAAUCUUCCUGACCAACCCGCAUAAUCCAAGAGGGAAACAUUGCAUCAGGAAACUCCUGAUCUGCUCUAGUCCAGGCACUCUCUGAAGUCACUUGCAACUGGGCGAGCUGUCCGUGUACGGAUGACAACAGGGCCGGCGGUGAAGGAUGUUCUCCUCGGUGAAGGCGUACGAGAAUCAGCGGUAUGCAUCCCUGAAGAAGAGCUGCCAGCGGCGGAAGCAGCUCUUUGAGGACCCGCUCUUCCCGGCCACCGAGGACUCCCUCUUCUACAAGUCUCGCAUCCAGGGCAUCCAGUGGAAGCGCCCGAACGAGAUCUGCGACGACCCUUACCUCUUCGUGGAUGGAAUCAGUUCCCAUGACUUGCACCAGGGCCAGGUGGGGAACUGCUGGUUCGUGGCCGCCUGCUCAUCUCUGGCCUCCCGGGAGGCCUUGUGGCAGAAGGUCAUCCCGGACUGGAAGGAGCAGGAGUGGAAUCCCGAGAAGCCCGAGAGCUACGCCGGGAUUUUCCACUUCCAGUUCUGGCGCUUCGGCGAGUGGCUGGACGUGGUGAUCGACGACCGUCUGCCGACGCUUCACAACCAGCUCAUCUAUUGCCACUCCAACUCCAAGAACGAGUUCUGGUGUGCACUGGUGGAAAAGGCCUAUGCCAAGUUGUCGGGCUGUUACGAGGCCCUCGAUGGAGGCAACACAGCCGAUGCACUCGUAGAUUUUACAGGUGGCAUCUCGGAGCCCAUCGACCUGACCGAAGGGGACUACAUCAACGAUGAAGCCAAGCGCAACCUCCUCUUCGAGCGUGUGCUCAAGGUGCACAAUCGGGGAGGGCUCAUCAGCUGCUCCAUCAAAGCGACCUCAGCAGCUGACAUGGAAGCUCGCCUGGACUGUGGCCUGGUGAAGGGCCAUGCCUACGCGGUGACGGAUGUGCGGAAGGUGCGUCUGGGCCAUGGCUUGCUGUCCUUCUUCAAAUCGGAGAAGCUGGACAUGAUCCGUAUGAGGAAUCCCUGGGGGGAGCGGGAGUGGACCGGCCCGUGGAGCGAUACCUCUGAAGAGUGGAAAAAAGUGAGCAAAAGCGAGAGAGAGAAGAUGGGGAUGACGGUGGAAGAUGAUGGAGAAUUUUGGAUGACGUUUGAAGACUUCUGCAGAUACUACACUGACAUCAUCAAGUGCCGGCUCAUAAACACGUCAUACCUGAGCAUCCACAAGACCUGGGAAGAGUCGGUGCUGCAGGGGGCCUGGACUAGACACGACGACCCCUUGAAGAACCGUAGCGGGGGCUGCAUCAAUCACAAGGACACCUUCCUGCAGAACCCCCAGUACGUGUUUGACGUGAAGAAGGCAGAAGACGAAGUGCUUAUCUCCAUCCAGCAGAAGCCAAAACGGACAAGCCGCAAGGAGGGCAAAGGAGAGAACUUGGCCAUCGGGUUUGAUAUCCAUAAGGUGGAGCUGAACCGGAGCUACCGGAUGCACAUGCUGCAGCAGAAAGUGGCCAGCUCAAUCUUCAUCAACUCCCGGAGCGUGUUCCUGCGGACGGACCUGAAGGAGGGCCGCUACGUCAUCAUCCCAACCACCUUCGACCCCGGCCACGAAGGGGAGUUCCUGCUCAGGAUCUUCACAGAUGUGCCUUCAGACUGCCGAGAGCUGACCUUGGAUGAGCCUCCUCACACCUGCUGGAGCAGAAUGUGUGGCUAUCCACAAAUGGUGUCCCAAAUCCAUGUCCUAGCAGCGGCUGGGCUCAAGAAUCUGGAUUCCCAAGGAGCUGCUGACCCAUACGUGAUCAUUAAAUGUGAAGGUGAAAAAAUUCGAUCUCCAGUGAAGAAAAACACCCUCUCUCCAGAGUUUGAUGUUAAAGGGCUCUUCUAUCGCAAGAAGCCAGGACAGCCCGUCAUUGUUCAGAUCUGGAACCACAACCUUCUGAGUGACGAGUUCCUGGGUCAGGUGGCUCUAACAGCUGAUCCCAAUGACGUCCAGUCCAUACACACCUUACAUCUCCAAGACAAGGGCAACAAGCAGUCCAACGACCUUCCAGGAACCAUCGCCGUGAAGCUUGUCAGCAGUAGCAUCCUCACCAAUGUCUAGCUACUCACAGACUCUUCUUCUAGGGCCAUAUAUGUGUAUACAUUAUAUACAGCAUAUAUACUGUCUGCAAGUUGUAUGAACUAUGCAUGCAUCCCAGUUAAAAGGGCCAGUCUUGUGUUUUCAAUGUUUUAAAAAAAAAAAAGAAAAGGUGCCUUUUUGGGGAACCAAAACCAUUUUUUUCUUCAGAUGAGGCAUCCUUUGCAGCCCAUACUAAAGAAGUGUGUGCUGGUGUGACAGGGCUGAGCGUGUAAUACAUUCUGUGACAGCCAGAGCGAGAUGCCACAAUGCUGUUUGUUUACAUGGGGGUGUCCCACACACGCACACGCAGGCGGACCUCUUGGUCCUCCCAAGCACUAUGCAUCUUAAGUCAACCUGCUUGGGUUUUAGACAGCCAUAUAGACCGUCAUUUCCACCAGAGUCUCAUUUGCAUCAUUAUCUGUAGAAACACAUUCAAGAAGUAGAUAACAGUUGACCUGGAAGUUUGUAUGUGUUCUUAGCAUGGGUUUGUACGUUGGCCGUAAGGCAACCGGAUGAAGAAAGUAUCAAGGUAUUUCCACGGUCUUUCUAAAGCCCAGCCAAACUGGUACCGCUUGACAAGACAAAGAUUAUGGAUGUUUCAUCUAGGAUCUGCUGUCUCCACAUGAUCUAUCUUGCCAAGUAUCAACCCGAGUCUUUCACUGAUAACUGUGAGAGUGGGAUAUAGAAAAAGCCAACAUCCAUAGCAAUUUGGACCACACACAGCACAGAGCAGGUAGCCAACAGUGGCAUACCAAGGUCCAGCAAGAGAUGCCAUGUUCAGACAAAGAGGGGAUACCGAGGCAUCGGUCAUGAAAGCCUGAAGCUAGCAGAGCCAGUGUUUGGAGAGCGUUGCUCAGUAGGGGCCAUCGCAACCAACUGGUACAGGUUUUCAGUGUAUAAUUUGAGUACCCAGCACCUCUAUCCUUCAUAAUUUUUUACAAACUAGACCUAAUUCUUCUCUUAUGUGUUUUUAUACUGGCAUUGUAGCUUCUACCUUGCCAUGAAGGAAGGAAGAGGAAAACUGGUCCUAGCACACCUUGAAAAGACAAGGACAUAAUUCAUUGUAGAGGCUGGUUAUCACUUUUAAUUACCAGUACACUGAUUACUUAUUUGAGAGACCCCUCCUUAUUGGAGCUGGCUCACCCUGAAGUAUUUCACAGAUACUGACAAUUCUGCUGUGUCUCUGGGCCUUGAUCUGCCAUCUGGUUUACCAUGCAAACUAUAUUAAAGUUGUGUCAUUUGUUCCCAUUGGUAGCAGAACUGGGCUCUUUUUAGGGGAUCAUUUUUGGGAAGCAAAGCAGUGGAUCCUAGUCUCUUCCUUGAGUGUCUGGCAAAGGCAGGUUUCAAUGCAUUACAGCUUUCUCAAUGUGCCUUUAAUAAUUGUAAGAUGGGAGAAUUUUCCGUUUAAACCUUCUAAGUGGUUAACGAGAACCAAGCCUUUUGCUGUUGGCCACAGGCAACAUAUGGAGAUGAGUAUUGUACUGCUUCAUGGACAGACAUUGAUAACUUUGUUUUAUAAAUUGGUUUAGGACAGCUUUAGAAAUGGUUUUUCACCCCCGGACCAACCUGAGUCGUAUUUCAACGGGAAAGUAAAGCGGAAUGAGCCCUUUCAUCAGAGCAGGCAAUUUUGUGCCUGAAGCACUACAUUUCUGUGUUGAUUUGGCAAGACGGUUUUUCAAGAUGCACAAAGUCCUGCUAAACGGGUGAUUUUCCUGCCACGUGGAGUAUGUUUCCUUCAUUCUCAUUUCAACUACAUGUGCUUCAAGAAGCAGCCAAAGUAGCUCAACAGAGGUCUUUAUUAGCGGGGUGCCAGUUAAAGGAGCCCUCUGUACAGCUUUCCAGAGCAGUGGCGUUAAUCUGUUGUGGGUAUUGCUGGCACAUUGGCCUGUCUGGUGAUUUGCUUAGGCCUUACUUGUGGUUCUGCAGGAUUGGAGGCAGGUUCUGGCCCGCAGCGUCCCCCCGCCAUGUGCUAACCAUUCCUGCAUGGUGUUGAGCAUCCUCAACUCCCACCAAUAUACCAUUGGGAACUGUAGGCGUUCAGUACUUUUGACACUGGGGCUUUACUUCCCAGAUCUGAAGACCUCCAGUCAAUGAAGAAGUUGAGAUUUGGGCGCUGCUUGGCUGCAGCAAAACCUUGGGUCCAGCUGACCCCGACAUUCAGAGGCAUUCAGAUUCGGGUCCACAUUUCAUGCUCAGGGCUUGUGUCUAGAGAUCACUUUGGCAAUAGCAGUCCAAUUUCUCUCCAGGCCACACCGACUGCUGUCUACGAUCAGGGGAGUAGAGAGGACGUUAAAACAGCUGGGCUUGUGUAGCCUACAGACGUGCAGGCGGAGAGGGGACAUGAUGGCUCUCCACAAAUACAUCGGGGAGGUAAACCCCAGGGAUGGAGCACAGCUGUUCAAGCUAUAGGAUAGUGUUGGCACGAGAACAAGUGGGUGUAAACUGGUCAUGAACUGGCAGUUCAGGAUGGAAAUUAGGAGGUUUCUAAGCCUCAGUUUGAGCUUCUGCAACAGUCUUCCACAAAGAAGAGUGGGGAUGAAAAACACCCCCAAACCAAACUGCUUUAAAGAUAGAGCUUGGUCUGUGUAUGAAAGGCAAGGUAGGAGCUGGUCACCUCUAGAAGUCAAGGCCUGGACUUGAUAGAGGUGCCUUCCAGGCUGAGGUUACUAUACGCUGAAUAGAAAGUGAUACUGGCCCCAUUGCUAGAGCAGCUUUGGCCAGGAAAUGUGCAGCCUCUGGGCCAGAUUGCACAUCCCUUACUCUUGCUGAAUAGCCCGUCAAUCCAGAGCAGCCCCAUUGAAGCUGCUUUGAGAGGCUUGCUCUGCACCUAAGGCUAUCAGGACCCUUUAACCAGGGAAAGUCACAGAGCGCACAGACUAUUUUGCCUAUCCCUUACAGAGAAACAAGCCAUAGCGACAGGAGAGAUGGUUGUUUACAGCCUUUUCCAUCAAAUAUAUAUAUAUAUAUCAGGACCAAAAUGUCUUAAUAUUUGUAAUCCUUUUUGCCUUUUUGUUCAGUUUUGCUUUUUUUUAAAGCCUCCUAAAUUCUAGAAGAAAAUGUUUUUUUCCCUUUCAAGGAGAUAACGGGAACACCCUUUAUUACAUGAUUUCUUAGGCUCUCGUCUUUUCUCUUUAAAAAUGAUUUGGGAGAGGAGUUACUGAAAUGCCAUUGUUAACUUUGCUAACUUUCAACGUCUGUAAAACUAAGUUAGCUCUUGCUUUUGAAGAUGAGCGCUCUAAAGCGAUCGCCUAAGAGAUGCCUUUGAUUUGUUGCCUGUUUCUUCUGCCAAUAAUUUCACUGUAUAUGAAGAAUCAUGAUGGCACUUGGUUCAUCAAGCUUCAUGACGUGCACGUGUUAAAACGGGACAGGACAGUGUCUUCCUACAUGAAAAGCAUUGACGUGUCGCAUUGUAUGAGAUCAACAAGCAGUCCAAGCAUAAUGCCAAACUUGUACAGAUGUAAACCUUCUAUAAAUAAAUUGUGUAUAUUUUCUUUGGA